AUGAAUGUGAGUGAUUCCGGUGCCAAUCGGACAGUGAGUCCACUAUUGGGCGCACGAAUAGUCAGAAUAUGCCAUAAAUACCCGAAUAAAGGCAUUGAAUUGCAUUCAAUCCUAUAUUACUUUCACAAAGAAUUUUUAUAUCCAUUGGAUCUGAUGUCAGAGGGUUUUGAUGCGAUUGAACCGUUCAUUCAAUGCCUCAUUUGUGACAAUUAUCCUCUGGAAGUGAUCGAUGGCAGCGAUGGUUGGCGUCGACUGGCGGUCGACAAACGGCGCUACUAUUACUGGUUGUCUGGCGUUAAAGUCGCCAAACGCUAUGAUAUGAUGAAUAUAUUGGCCGACAUUCCCGACGACGCGAUUGCUUGCGGACACCAAUUGCCAAAAUUUCAAUUACCCGCUAAUCUGGUCAACGCUUUGCCCGAAAUACUUUCCGGCAAUAUUCUCAAUGAACUUUGCUUUUGUGAAAUGAGACUAAUGUAUGCGAUUAGUCCUCACGAGAUGUUUGUCCACAUCUGCGACGACGACCACCACUUGGCUUACCAUCGGCUGAGGAUUGACAUGAGAUCCUACGAUAAUGUGGACAAUGAGGACAAGUAUCGGGUGCCGAGUCUGCUAUUGUUUGAUGGCCUGCUCUGUGCCGUCCGUUACCAUAAAAUAUGCCACGAAUGGCACAGAAGUAUCAUAUUAUCCAUCGAUAGAGACAAUAAUUGUCGACUACUUUUGGUUGAUAUCGGCGAUGUAAUUGAAGCAAACGCUAAACACUUGCGGCUAUUGUUGCAAAAGUACGCCCAACUGCCGGCACAGGCGCUCAAAGUCCAGUUGACUGGUAUCCGACCGAUCGGUAAAUCAGAUCAACACUGGUCUCAAUGGGCGAAGAAUUUUGUCAAACGACUCGAAGAGCAUAACUAUUGCGGACCAAUUGAAUGCGCUUUUAUUGGCCGCCAGUCCGACAGAUAUCGGGUUUUUAUUAGAUAUUACGAUAAGAUUAAGUCAAUUAAUGAAAACGAUUUGCUAUUUUUGCACCAAAUAUUAGUGGAUAAACAAUUGGCGAUUAUAUCCGGUAAUGAUAUGCCUAUUGAUUGA